AUGAGAACGGCAAACUUCGCCCGGAAGAUUCUCUCGGUUCAUCCCAACCUCUUCUGCACCCACCCUUCGAGAACACUUCCCGAUACGUCCAAGUUCUUGUUCAGCAACAGCGCCAGGCGAUUUCCAUUUCCCUCGAUCAUUUCUGGGAGACGAGGCUUCGCCAUGUCGAGCGCCGCCGAGGAACAACCACAGGCCGCUGCGCCUACGAAGAGCGAAGGAGAGGAUGCCGCCCCGGCGCAGCCUGAGCUGCCGCCCUUGUCGCCGGCCGAGUUCAGGGUGUACAACCAGAUGGCGGAGAAGAUGGAUUACUUUCACAACCACUUCCGCGCGCAAUGGACGAUCCUCCACGACGCCGCCACGUCGGGCCACCGCCCGCGCAACAUGACGCUGAAACAAUUCAUCGACACGGGCCUGCAAUUCGCGCAGCACCUCACGGCGCACCACGGCAUCGAGGAGCGCUUCGUGUUCCCGAUGCUCGCGCGCAAGAUGCCCGAGUUCCGCGGCGGCCGCGCCGAGCUGCUCCAGCAGCACAGGCAGAUCCACAAGGGCAUGGACCAGUUCGAGGACUACCUGCGCAGGUGCCGCUCGCGCGAGACGGAGCUGGAGCUCGCCGUGCUGCGGGAGAAGAUGGACAGCUGGGGCGGGGUGCUCUGGACGCACCUCGACCAGGAGGUCAAGACGCUCGGCGCGGAGAACAUGAGGAGGUACUGGACCAUGGAGGAGGUUCGGAACAUGCCCAUGUGA